GAAUAACAUGGAAAGUAGGUACUCUAGGUACCUACUUUUUUUAGACAUUGUUUACUCCCAAACUAUAAUGUUAAAAUUUUAAUAGGGCUUAGAAAUUUUAAUUUUAAGGGUUUUAAUAAUUAAAUCCCAUCCUGCAGUAUCCUGUUAUAUGAGCAGGAAAAUGUGGAACACCUGCCGUUGUUGUUUGAAUCCCAAUGCUUCUUCUCAAGAUAUCUACAAAUUCGGGACCGAGGUGUACGAAACCAUGCUGAAGGAAACUUUUAAUAUUGAGAUGUCUAACAACACAAAAGCGCCAUGCAACCUGAUCUGCAAGCAGUGUGUCUCGCGGCUGCAAGAUGCAAGUGCAUUCAAGGCUAUGGUCCUGCAGAGUAGGGACAUUUAUGAAAAGUUCCUGCAUAACUGUCAGGGCGACAAUGAUAAUGACAUAGAAGUUAUGAAGCAAGAAGAAUGUGAAUUUAAAUCUGACGAUGAUCCUCUAUGUUUCAUAAAACAAGAAGGCAUACAAAGCAGAAACGAAGACGCUACUGUGAAACUGAACAGAGAUAACAGAGAGAGUGAAAAGGCAGUGAGAAAAGUAAAAAAUAAACGCAACACAGGUGACACCAAAUCAAAUGGUGAUUGGACGAAACUAACCGAACAACGAGGCAACGGACCCAUACUGAGAGAGAACUCACUGAAACUUCUGGAAAACUCCACAAUAUUCGCAUUCCAAUGGCACAAGAGUAAAUAUAGGUGUUUUUGCUGCACCAAACCGUUUCUGGACACGAACGAACUCCGAAAUCAUUCGGAACAACAUUCAAUAAAGGAUAUAGCAAAGAAAAUAAUAAUACAACAAAAUAUGCUGGUCAAAGUGGAAAUAUCUAUAUUAAAUUGCAAAGUUUGUCGCGAGAAAUUGGAAAAUUUACAAGAAUUGAGAGACCACUUGACCAUACAGCACAAUUUUGAGUUUAAAAUGAAAGAAGAUCUGCUCGUACCGUUCAGAAUAAGCGACGAUUUGGCAUGUCAAAUAUGUAGCGAGAAGUUCACGGCGUUUAGACAUCUAAACAUACAUAUGAACAGACAUUUUAAAAAACAGAUAUGUCACCUGUGUGGGGCAGCUUUCUCUAAUCUGAAGUUCCUCAAUUUGCACAAAUACAGACACAGACUUUUGAAAUGCAAAGAAUGCAAUAUAGAAUUCUCCACUAGGAAAGAGAAAAAUUGCCACGAUGCAACUGUACACAAAGUGAAAAUUGUUAAAAAGCUAAGAUUCCCGUGUCCGCACUGCGAUGAAAGAUAUUGUCAAGAAAAUUUGAGAAUAUUACAUUUGGUUGAUAUUCACGGUAUGAAGAGACCGGAACACAAAUGCAGCGUUUGCUCAAAAAGUUUUAUAACCAAAAGUCUGUGCACAAAUCAUUUUAAAUCUGUGCACAAGAAGGAGAGGAAGCAUCCGUGUGAUAUAUGUAAAAAUCUAUUUUACACUCGUUCUGAUGUUGUGAGGCAUAAAGUGACACAUACGGGUGAGAAAAAGUUCUCGUGUGCUUUGUGCAGUGUGACGUUUGCAAGUAAAGAUUCUUUGCGGAGACACAUGAAGAGAACUCAUGCUGUGUGUUGAUAGUUGGUGUUAGAUAUAAAUUCAAAUCAUUUAUUCAGAAAUUAGACCUUCACAGGCACUUUUUGUCGUAAAUUUUUAUAUUUAUAGUUAUUUCUCACAAGCUACAAACUACUGGCAUUUCGGAACGACCACUGCUGAGAAGAAAUGUCGAAAGAAACACAUUUGAACAGUGUUGGUCCCUAUCAUGCCAGAAUAUAUACCAUUUUGUGCCAUAAAGUGAGUGACUUUGGUGGUAGAGGUGGUUACCUAGGUGGUUCUGUGCCUUGCUCCAACUGAUGAUAAGUACAGUCAAGAAAAAAAUAAAUCCGAACUAAUAUUAUGAGAAAGUAAUUUUGUUCGUUACCUCUUCACGCUCUAUCUGCUCAACCGAUCUUCUUGAAAUUUUGCAUACAUGCAGUUUGAAGUGCGGAGAAGGACAUAGGGUACCUUUCGUCCCGAAAAAAUAACUGCUCCUGUGGGAAAUAUACGCCGGAGAAUCCGCGGGUAAAAGCUAGCUUAAUAUAUAAGAUUUUGUAUUGUUGUUUAUGUUUUCAAUUUACAUUGAUUUCAAUAUGGUCAAAUAUGCUUUCAAUGAUAAAAGUAUAAUAUGAACUGCUUUAAA